UCAACUGUCAAUGUCAUUAUAAGAAAUCCACGAUUCACGAAGUUCGUUCAACUUCAAGUAAAUCAAUCGUGACUUUCAAUUCUGUAAUUCCAAAAAUCGAAUAAUAUUAUUUAUUUAAACGUUGAGUUUAGAUACUUUAAACAUGCCAAAGGUUUCAGUUAAAGUUAAAUGGGGGAAGGAGAUGUAUCCCGAUGUGGAGGUGAACACAGAAGAUGAGCCGGUUGUGUUCAAGGCUCAGAUAUUUGCCCUGACCGGUGUACAGCCUGAGAGACAGAAAGUUGUCUGCAAGGGGGUCACACUUCGAGAUGACAGCUGGGCUAAUUUCAAAUUGUCAAAUAAUGCACUAGUACUAGUGAUGGGCAGCAAAGAGGAAGAUGUGCCAGCUGCGCCAGUGGAACAGACUCGCUUUGUUGAGGAUAUGAAUGAGUCUGAGCUGGCUUCUGCUCUGGAUCUCCCAGAAGGCCUUAUAAACCUGGGGAACACUUGCUACAUGAAUGCCACAGUGCAGUGCCUCAAGACUGUCCCCGAGUUGAGGACCGCCCUUCUCAGCUAUGAUAAAUCGUCAGGAGGUGGGACGGCGGGCGCGCUGACGUCGGCGAUGAGUGAAACUGUGCGCGCGCUGGAGAGCGGCGGCGCGGGCGCCUGCGCCGCGGCAGUCGCGCGCCUGCUGCACGCGCUGCACGCAGCUGCGCCGCGCCUGGCCGAGCGCGGCGCGGGCGGCCAGCUAGCGCAACAGGACGCUUCAGAGUGUUGGUCGGAAAUUGUGCGCGCUUUGAGGAGUAGGCUGCCUAUAUCACAAGAACCAGAUAGCAAAUCCCUGGUGGAGCAGUUCUUCGGUGGCACCCUGGACGUAGAGCUGGUGUGCAGUGAGGCAGACGAACCUCCCACACGGUCUUCCGAGACCUUCCUGCAGCUCUCCUGCUUCAUCUCACAGGAUGUCAAAUACUUGCAGACCGGUCUACGAUCGAAAAUGUCAGAACAAAUCACAAAGAUGUCAGAAACACUUGGUAGAGAUGCGGUCUACACAAAAACUAGUAAAAUCAGCCGGUUGCCAGCGUACCUGACGGUGCAGUUCGUGCGGUUCUUCUUCAAGGAGAAGGAGUCCAUCAACGCCAAGAUCCUGAAGGACGUGAAGUUCCCGCUGGAGCUGGACGUGUACGAGCUGUGCUCGCCCGAGCUGCAGGAGCGGUUGGCGCCCAUGAGGAAUAAGUUCAAGGAGUUGGAAGAUGCAGCCGUUGAAUCAGCUUUAGGUUCCAAAAAUAAGAAUCACGGAGACAGUAAAAAAGAGGCUAAGAAAAAGACUGUUGUACCAUAUUGGUUUAAUGACGAUGUGGGCAGCAACAACAGCGGCUACUACCGGCUGCAGGCCGUGCUGACGCACCGCGGCCGCUCGUCCUCCUCCGGCCACUACGUCGCGUGGGUGGCGCGCGGCAGCGGCUGGCUGCGCUGCGACGACGACACCGUCACGGCCGUCACCGAGGAGGAAGUGCUCAAGCUCAGCGGCGGAGGUGAGCACACUGACUGCCGGCUGACGCACCGCGGCCGCUCGUCCUCCUCCGGCCACUACGUCGCGUGGGUGGCGCGCGGCAGCGGCUGGCUGCGCUGCGACGACGACACCGUCACGGCCGUCACCGAGGAGGAAGUGCUCAAGCUCAGCGGCGGAGGUGAGCACACUGACUGCCGGCUGACGCACCGCGGCCGCUCGUCCUCCUCCGGCCACUACGUCGCGUGGGUGGCGCGCGGCAGCGGCUGGCUGCGCUGCGACGACGACACCGUCACGGCCGUCACCGAGGAGGAAGUGCUCAAGCUCAGCGGCGGAGGUGAGCACACUGACUGCCGGCUGACGCACCGCGGCCGCUCGUCCUCCUCCGGCCACUACGUUGCGUGGGUGGCGCGCGGCAGCGGCUGGCUGCGCUGCGACGACGACACCGUCACGGCCGUCACCGAGGAGGAAGUGCUCAAGCUCAGCGGCGGAGGUGACUGGCACUGCGCAUACCUGCUGCUGUACGGGCCCAAGGUGCUCGAGAUACCCCACGAGGAGGACGAGCCCAUGGUGACGGACGUGAGCGGCGAGCCGGCCGGCGACCCGCCCACCGCGCUCGCGUAACCAGCCCGCCGCGACCCGCGUCUCGGUGCACAGCUCUAGGAAUGAGGGAUCAAGUCUGCCUGGUUGAGGACGCCGUAAGCGUAAACUAGCUCAAUACUUCAUUAUACAUACAUAUUGAUGUACUUUCAAUGUCAAAUUCCAUACAAUAAUUUGGUUAUUUUUAUUCAGUUGUAUAUAAUUCUCUAAAAAAAUUACACGUUUAAAAAUUGCCGUCUAGGGACUUUAACUGUCUAUAUUUAGUCUGUAAAAUCUGACGCUCUACUACUAACGGUAGAAUAUGACGCUUAGCCAAAGAUUUUAUACUUUUAGAUAUGUUACUAACGCGUCAAAACUGAGGCGAACAAAGGUGGCUAAUUGACUUAAUUUCAUAUAGUCUCAUUGUAAACAACAAAAGUUAUUUAAAUUUAAACAAAUAAUAUCUAGAUAGCAUCUACAAUGUCGAGUUGUGUGUUUAGGAAGUGUAAAAACUAUAUAAACUAAAAAUAAUGUAAGUAAACACAAAAUUAAGCAAGUGUCCACUCAGUGGAGUAGCUGCAUUCGGAUUACUUUUUGCGGUGAUUACGUAACAUAUCUACAGUAUUAAAUAUUGUUGGGCUUAGCACGGAUAGAAAUGGCCGCGCGACGAAAGGCCCGAAUAUUCAUAAAGAAGCUUCGCUUCAAGGUUUAUUUGUACUUUUAUUAUCUUAUCAAUUUACAUUAAUAGAAUUACUUAUAGACAGCUUUAUUAGUUAAAUAUUUGUGUACCAGUCGGCACUAUAACACAGCGUUUAAUUACAUUGAUGUGUUCUUGUAGAAUGUGCUAUGAAAUUUCCUAGUUCGAGAACGAGUGGAAAAUUUUGAGAGGAUGAUUAUACAGGGGUCGAUUCUCUUUCAAUGUAGAAAGAGAAACGCUUACUUCGAAAACUAACAAAACGUCUCCUGUCGAUAGCAAAUGUCAUUCCUAUAUAUUUUUUUUAAUUUUCGAAGCGUUAGCGUUUGUAGAAAGAGAAUCGCCGUGCCACAUGGCUACAGCCCCAGUUCAAGUUUCUAAUAAUAAGAUAAUAUAGAAAGAACUACCUUAAUAAUGGGUCUUUUAUGGAAUUUAAGAAAAUAAAAAGGCCAUAAUAAUUCACUCAAACUAUACUAUAAAUAAAUAAAUUCCUCUAUUUAAUGUGGAAAAUAAACUCUUUAUGUUAUUUUUAGAAGCAAAGCUUUUAGAAAGUUCAUGGUGUAGAACAAAUUUUACUAAAUAAAUUUAUUGUUAUUUUAACUAUUUUGUAGAAAAUGAAACAUUAUUACAAAAAUAAAACUUGUCUUUGAUGAGUUAAUUUAUGCACGUACUUUAUUUUUAUAAUCUAUUGAUUCUGAAACAACGAACACAUUUAUUCUGUUAAAAACCUAAAAUGUUAUUGUAAUAGGUAUUACAUUUGUUUUAUUUAUACAAAGCAUGUCAAAUAGUUUGUAAUGAUAUUAAAUUACAUCAUACUUCAUAGUGAGAAUGUUUGCGGUUGUGUUGAUAAAACAAGGGUUACAUUAGUUGCAUCAGAUCUUUAUACCAACUUGCUCAAUAUAAAAUAACAUCUAAGAUGAUCACGACAUAAAUCUCAAUACAAGGGAAGAUGUCGACCAAUAGCGAUGGACUCGAAAAUAUAUCUCUCUCUGUUUCGUUGCGUUAAGUCGAAAGAGAAAACGGUAUUUUCAACUUCGCCGCUUUUUGGUCGACGAGGUUUUUUUUACAAGAUAUGUCUUGACGUUUGCUAGGCUAGUAGGAUCUAUGUGACUGGUUGAUUGUAAUCGCAUGUUAGAUGCAUCAAUGUUGCCUUCUGUUGGCCCAUUCACUAAUUUGGUCUUUAUUAACAACCUAUUAAAAUGAACAUCAAAUCAACUGAGAAAUGUCAUCGACCUACUGUAUGAUAUCCACGAAAAGUUGUCAGUUGGCACCGAAUGACAUUUGUUACAUAGAAUUUCAAUUUCUACUCGUUCGUAACACUCCCGAUGGCCCGACCACAAACCCGCGCAAUCAUUUCCUCCCGUCGCCCGCAUAUCAUGGAAGUGUCAGCAACGAACUUGACAAGCUAUUACAUACAUACGUCAAAGUUAGUGAAUUAGUAUACUGUUGUAAUGGUCAUUACCUAAUUUAUGCAGCAAAAUAAUUUGCGCCAGUUCUUGGACUACAUUUUCACUGACUUUACCCAAAUAACAAAUAAUAUUAAUUGCACAAACUAAAAGGACCAGAGUAAAGGAAAAAAGAGUUUGGAGUAAAAAGGUUCUUCGGCGGCUUUUAACCUAAACCAUAUUAGUUGACAUUUACAAACUAUCAACUAAUUGAAUCUGUUAGAUUUUGGUAAAACGUAUCACAUACAUUAUACAUUUAUAUCUAUUUUUAUUAAAAAUACUAUUUAUUUUAUCCAUGAUUGUUCUAUUCUGUACGUUAUCAAAAGGGCUAGAACUCAAAGCUAGUAAGCGGUGUAAAAGACUAGUUGAAAAAAAAACAUAUUAACAUUCAUUCAUUUUAACGGCCUCCGUGGCGCAGUGGUAUGCGCGGUGGAUUUACAAGACGGAGGUCCUGGGUUUGAUCUCCGGCUGUGCCGAUAGAGGUUUUCUUAAAUGGUCCAGGUCUGUCUGGGAGGCUAAUUACCACCCUACCGCCAAAGACGUACAAGCCAAGCGAUUUAGCGUUCGAUACGAUGUCGUGUAGAAACCAAUAGGGGUGUGGAUUUACAUCCUACCAUCUUAGGUUGCAUCAUCACUUACAAUCAGGUGAGAUUGUAGUUAAGGGCUAACUUUUAAAAAAUAAAAAAAAAUAUCGAUUAGACCAGGCUUUUUGUAUAUCCCGCUCAUUCCUAUAGAAGCCAGUUGAGAUAGCUAGAUUUUGUAAGUAUCCAGACUGAAUGCGAGCGGUACAUCUACCGAAAUAUGUAUAUUUAUUUCGAACAGAGCAUUUAAAAUGUUUAUGUUGUUACAGCAUGUGCUGAAUUUCUCAUGUAAUAUUUUGUAAGUUCUAUGUACUAAUUGUAUUGAAUUUUAUAAGACUAAUUAUAAUAAACGAUUAACUCGAAGUUAUAA